GAAUAGUACACAAAGAUUAUUCUGUCUCUUUGCAUGCAGUUCUGGUCACCACUGGCUGAGCUUGUCCAGGUAGACCCACGGGCCAGAGCUGACAGGUCGUCUUGUUGUGAGACUCGUGCAGUAGUUUCUAACACCACAGCUUAUGAUGGGCACCAACCUCUUCUGUACUGCUGUUCACGGGACAUGGAAAUACAAUGUCAGCAAGGCCACGGCAGGAUGCACUCCCUUGGCGAAGCAAUCUUGAUGCUGUUUCACGGUCCACUCUGCAAUGACGAGAAGACAUAUCCAAACCAGAGACGUAGAAGUGACGGCCCAGAAUUGCAUGGAAUGGCGCAGGAUGGUCCACAAGAGACGUUGCCUUGAUGCAGACCACUUGACGCAACGAUGAAGAGACCUUAUCAAGUAUCAAGUAAGUCAGUAUGAUUAUCUUACGGUUAUCUGACGGUUUUUUUUUUUGCGAGUUACUGUGUGAAGGAAAGACAAAGUUAUGUUUUAGAUAAUUGAUGUGACGUGUCAUAAAAGCGCGACUUGAGCCCCUAACAUUUUUCUGCAUCAAAAACCAGGAUCAUCCCCAGUCCAUUCUACUCCACAGCUGCAUAACAGUCGAGCCUAACGAUUUUCUCAUCGCAUCAAUGUGCGCAGUUACAAUAAACCUGCUUCCAUCAAACAUAAAUCAUGUGUUGAGCUAUAACUUGUUAUGCUACGUGUUAUUCAACCAUAUUUUAUCCAAUGUGAUAUCCUAGUCUGUUUUAUCAA